AUGGAAUCGUGCUCAGACCGUCUGAGUCCACCUAGUGACUUGACGAGUGAGUCGGAAACAUCUCUCCCUCCCUUUCCCUACGACAAUCAAAAUGGCAAUUUUUAUACACAAACAGAAGUUGUAGACAAACAAUAUUUUCCCUGCAAGCAAAAAUCACCCAGAAAUGAGGAAAGAAAAGAAAUAUAUUUACAAGAAAGCAACAAGAUUUUUGAAAAUUAUCUAACAACCAAAAAACAUUUAAUAUUUGACGUGAAAUUACCACCGACCCACGACAACUUUUUCUCGCAAAUAGAAGGCGAAGAUCGCACAUUACGUUCAGGCUAUUUCACUGAUAUUCAGAAUUUAAAAAGUUGCGUUCAAAAUGAAAAUAAUCCAAACUUUACAGAAAUGGAAGUUAAUACGCAACAAAUGGGUUUUGAAAAUGUUAAUAAUAACGUUGGAAGCGAAAGAGAAAAAGUUCAGCCGUCUUUUUUCGCUGAAACUGAAAACAACAAUAUGCGUAGGUGUUUAAACUUUAAUUCGGAACAAGUGCAGUGCGUCUGCGAAGCUUUACAACAAAGAGGGGAUAUUGAAAAACUGGCAGCUUUCCUGUGGAGCUUACCGCCAAGCGAAUUACUACGAGGAAAUGACACUGUAUUGAGGGCUCGAGCCCUGGUAGCGUACCACAGAGGCGUAUUCCAAGAAUUGUACGCCAUUUUGGAAGCGCACACUUUCCCACCGCGCCAUCACUCGGGCCUUCAAGACUUGUGGUUUAAAGCGCAUUAUAAAGAGGCGGAAAAAGUUCGUGGACGACCUUUAGGAGCUGUAGACAAAUAUAGAUUACGGAAAAAGUACCCUCUGCCUAAGACGAUUUGGGACGGUGAGGAAACUGUCUAUUGUUUCAAAGAGAAAAGUAGAAACGCCUUGAAAGACUGUUACUACAGAAAUAGAUAUCCAACGCCUGAUGAGAAGAGAGCAUUAGCACAGAAGACCGGUCUGACCCUGACUCAAGUCUCCAACUGGUUUAAAAACCGACGCCAGAGGGACCGGACCCCACAGCAGCCAAACAGGCCUGAAAUGCUUGUGCCAGCUCAAUAUGUCGGUCCGCAAGGAGGCUUGCCGCAGUCAUUCCUGCCGAAUGCUUACUACCAUAAGCUGCAAGAUGCGUCACAUUACCUACAUGGAGGUGCAUCUUAA